AUGAUUUCAAAUAUGCUUUCACUAUUGAAAGAUAUGAAAGUAUUUUUAACAUUUCGGUUUUUCAGUUUUUUCGGUUCUUUAAAAUUCUGCCGAAUUGAACCGAAUAAAAAUUCGGUUCGGGUCGGUUCGGUUAUAGGCUUUAAAAUCAACUCCGAAUUAAACCGAUUUUUUUCGGUUAAUUCAAACCGAGUAGUAUCUAUUAACCGAGAAAACCGAUCGGUUAUGUCUGCCGAACCGAACCAAACCGAGAACCGAACUCCAAUUAUAAUUUUGCCGAUCGUCGGUAAUCGGAACCGAAAAAAUCGGUUUGUUCGGUUCGGUUUGUUCGGUUUAAUCCGAAAUCCCAGGCCUAAUGAGCUCUAUCAAACUCAUAUCUUCCUCAACUUAAGAGUCCGAGUGAUUACGCUACCGUUUUCCAUGAACGGAGAAAAGUCACCACCGAUUACGAUGACGUUUCUAAAUGAUAAUGAUUGUAUCAGUCACCAAACGACGCAGCGCCCAAAGCUGAUAGAAGACAAGUGAUUGGUGUGAAAGAGUGUGGUGAAACUUAUGUUCUGGCAGAGUAUAAGCCUAUAUAUGUUCAUCAGCUCGUCCUUGUCCUUGCAACUGCUAUACAGCUGGGAUUGUGUAUGACAUUGAAGGAUGUUGAAUAUGAAGGAAGAUUAGAUGGAAUCUUUGUGAUGUUUUGAAUCUUGUUUGUAGCUUCAUAUAAAAUUAUGAUUAUGUAAAGUCUUAUGUGUAAUCAAAUGUUUAACUUUUUCCUUUAUUCAACAAAGGAUUUGUAUCGAUAAUAUUUUACU